GAUAGAGGGAAAAGCUGAGUGUAAGUUGGUAAAAUAACGCGCGAAGCAGGGGAUCCGUUAAUCUAUCCAUUAAUUUGGACCGUACAAAAAUGAAAAAACCCGUGAAGUUUCCGGCAACACGACGGAAUUUAUAAUAAUAAUAAGUUCAAUUCUUGUUUAAUGGAGGGAAAGAGGGUUUUAUGUUCUUUCUCUCAUUUUCUUUAAUUAAUCAUUUAAUUCACUUUUCCAUCUGAACAAAAAUUCUUGUCUUUUUUGGCGGGAAUUCGAUUCCCCUUUCUUCUUCUUCUUGAUUAAUAAUAAUUUAAGUGUUGAUUGAUCAUUUAUGUGAUCAAAGAGCGAUGGGGUUGUCGGACAAUUUGAAGGGAGUGAUAUUAGCAGUGGCGUCGAGCGCUUUUAUUGGCUCAAGUUUUAUUUUGAAGAAGAAAGGGCUCAAGCGUGGUGGUGCUUCGGGUAUUCGCGCAGGAGUUGGAGGUUAUACCUACUUACUAGAGCCACUUUGGUGGGCAGGCAUGAUAACAAUGAUCAUGGGAGAGAUUGCGAAUUUCGUGGCUUAUAUCUAUGCUCCCGCUGUUCUAGUUACCCCGCUUGGUGCUCUAAGCAUAAUUGUGAGUGCUUGCCUGGCACACUUUUUGUUGAACGAACGAAUUCAGAAAAUGGGGAUUGUAGGUUGUGUUUCCUGCAUUGUUGGUUCGGUGGUGAUUGUAAUUCAUGCACCACAAGAGCAUACCCCGAGUUCCGUACAAGACAUAUGGACUCUAGCGACACAACCAGCUUUUCUGGUUUAUGUAGUAGCUACACUUUCAGCAGUUUUAGCUUUGGUUUUGCAUUUUGAGCCUCAUUAUGGACAGACUAAUAUACUGGUUUAUUUGGGAAUAUGUUCAUUGAUGGGUUCUCUUACGGUGGUGUCACAGGUUGUUAGCAUCAAAGCCAUUGGAAUUGCUAUAAAGCUUACAUUGGAUGGGAUGAGUCAGAUUGCUUAUCCUCAGACUUGGUUUUUUCUUACAGUUGCUGUUAUCUGUGUCAUUACACAAUUAAUUUAUCUCAAUAAGGCCUUGGAUACAUUCAAUGCCACACUUGUUUCUCCGGUAUAUUAUGUGAUGUUCACGACUUUGACCAUUAUCGCUAGUGUAAUCAUGUUUAAGGACUGGUCAGGCCAAAAUGCAGGCAGCAUUGCUUCUGAGAUAUGCGGAUUCAUCACCGUGCUCUCGGGAACAAUCAUACUUCAUGUGACAAGAGAACAGGAACCACCUCCUCCUCCAGAACCGUGACAUGGUUCAUCAAUGGCGACUCCUUAAAGAGUCCCGAGGAAGAACAUUUAAUCACUCACCACCGUCUCGAUGAGUAUUACGAGCCAUGAGGUUUUUCCAUUCUAAGAUGAUUGCUCUCACCCCCUCAAUUGUACAUGUGGAAACCAAAGCAAAGCAAGAGUUACUUUGGGGGGGGGGGGUCAACAAAAGCCUGAAAGGUAGUUUUGGUGAAUGCCUUUUCUCCAACCACUUGCAAAUGAGACCCCAAUAGGUGUAUCAGUUAGAAAUGGAAAAGGUAAAUUUUGGUUAAAUUGUGGUUUUAGUCCCUGUACUAUAUUCAACUUUGGGGUUUACUACUUGUAUUUUAAUUUGGCAUAAUUUAAUCUUCUUACUAUUAUAAAUGUUAUGCCUUAAGCCAAAUUAUUUUUGAAAACCCGAAACUCAAAAUUCCUUAUGUCAUUUAAAUGGUGAAAUUAUAGUUAUCAAAAUAAUUAUUUUUUUACUAAUUUAUCAUUUUAAAAGAAUUGCUCAACCUCAUGAUUUGAGAUUUUUUUCCUAAAUAAAACUCCGUAUAUUAAUGAUAUGGAUUAAGGCAUAACAUGAAUAAUAGCAAGAAUAUCAAAUUAUGUUAAAUUAAAUUACAAAAUUGAUUCUCAAAUUCGUGUAUGGUAUAGGAGCAAAACUAUAAUUUUACCGUAAAUUUAAAAUCCAGCAGAAUAAUCUAAUUGGGCAUAAUCAGAAAUCAAAUCAUUUAAAUUAUUUUUCUUUUAAUUGUAAUUAUUUGUCACCCAUUACCCUUUGUAAAUUCAUCUUAAACAUACCAUGGUGAGACUUCAACAACUGUCUAAUUUUAUAUUCUGAGUCUUAUUAAGCAUAAA